AUGUGGAAGUGGAUUCUCGACUUUGAAUUAAUCGCAUCAUGCAACGGCAUCAAAGGGAGUGCGCACCUGUUCACCGCGUUGGGUACACUGCUUUCCGGGCGAGCGAGGACCGCUUACGAUUUGAAUUUGGAAAGCAACCAAGCCCUGGAUUAUGGAAACUUGAAAGCUGCAUUGGUGGCAGAGUUUUCAAAGGAGGGUGACCGCGAGAAGGCGAUGGACCGGUUUUACGUUGCGGAUUGUCGGGCUGUAAUUGUAGAUUCGCUCGUUUCGGGUGGCAGUCAACAUUUUCUCGCGAGGCAUUUCCCGCCGCUGCGUCUGCGCGUCUGGUCGGAUGAGCCUCAUUCUUGA